AUGUCGGGAAAUACCUCAGCCUCCGUGACGCCAGAGCCAGGCGAGGCAUCAGCACCGCAAAUAUUUCCUCCAGAAGAAGAAUCACGGCUCCUCCAAGAAGCCAACACCCAGAAGGAUGCCGCAAAUAAAACAUUCACAGCCGGGGAUUACUCUACUGCAAUACAGGGCUACGAGAAAGCUCUGGCUGUUUGCCCCUUGUACCUCGAAUAUGACAUUGCCGUCCUUCGCUCCAAUAUCGCCGCAUGUCACAUCAAGCUCUCGGAAUGGAAAGUCGCCGUUGAAUCAGCUACGCAGGCAUUGGAUGCACUCGAUCGUCUAGACCCGCCAUCUGAGACAGCAGGGAAGGAGGAUGGGACCGGCCGUCCAUCAGAGGCCGAAGAGGUGGAUGAGGCUGCGGAACUCAGACUUGCAGCCCUCUCCCGGACCGGUCGAAGCAUACAGGGUGUGCACAAGCUGCGCACGAAAGCACUGUUACGACGCGCAAAAGCACGGCGAGAGAUUGGGGGUUGGGCAUCUCUGCAGGGGGCGCUUGAAGAUUACCAAGCGUUGAUGAAUCCACCCCACGCUUUAACGAACCUCGAUCAGAAGACUGUGCAGGCGGCGCUGCGGGACUUGCCUUCGCAGUUGGAAGCCGCCAAAAACGCGGAAAUGGCGGAAAUGAUGGCGAAGUUGAAGCAGCUCGGAAAUGGCAUACUGAAACCAUUCGGGCUCAGCACAGAUAACUUCCAAUUCACCAAGGAUGAAAAGACCGGAGGAUAUAGCAUGAAUUUCAACCGAUAG